AUGGACCUCGAUCAUGCAACACCGACAUCCUCUACAACCUCCUCGCCAGCACCGGACAGUCGCUCAAAGACGAAUGGUUCCGUGCGGAGUAUUCAGGACAUUUUGAAUUUAGACUCGAAAUCUCCAUUGACCAGAGAAGACGAGGAGAAAGAUGAAAGGGAAGAUAUCAGAAGAGCCAAUUCCGCGCAUCCGGAUUCAGCCGUUCCAGUACGCGAAUAUUUAAACAGGACAGUGAUUAAGAAUUUGUUAGAGGGGAUGAAGCUUCUUAUUAGAGAUCGGUAA